AUGCGGGAUGAGUCAGGCUAUGUGAUGUCUCUGAUACUGCUGCCAUUUCAUCAGCUCAAUUUCCAAACAUUUCUCUGGGUCCAAAGCGUGGACGGAUCCAAACCCCCCGUAAAGGCGUCAUGACUCCUUUGACUUCUUAAUCUCUGGGAUUCCUGCGAGAACUGUUUUGAUCUGUUUGAGCAGAUUUAAAGAGACCCGCUGCGUUGGUGUGAUAAAUCUGUUUACUACACUACAGUAGCUUCCUGGUGUUCUCUGCUCUCUGAUACACACAGAAAUACAGGGUGUGUAUGUGCUGCUUUGACUCGUGAUGUGUGUGCGCGCUUUCUAGAAAGCCCACCAUCCUGUCAGGACCAUGGCAUUUGUGUUUACUAAACUCUGAUCAACCGGACCAGACGCCAUAGACAUGGAGACAAUAUGGCUUUACCAGUUUCGGCUGAUCGUCAUCGGUGACUCCACGGUUGGUAAAUCAUGUUUGAUCAGGCGCUUCACAGAGGGGCGGUUUGCACAAGUGUCUGACCCUACAGUCGGUGUGGAUUUCUUCUCUCGCCUGGUUGAGAUCGAGCCAGGAAAACGCAUAAAGCUCCAGAUAUGGGAUACGGCUGGUCAAGAGCGCUUCAGGUCCAUUACAAGAGCGUACUACCGUAACUCAGUGGGAGGCCUCCUUCUGUUCGAUAUCACAAACCGCCGCUCGUUUCAGAAUGUCCGCGAGUGGCUGGAGGAGGCGCGCAGCCACGUGCAACCACACACCAUCGUCUUCCUGCUGGUGGGCCACAAGUGCGAUCUGGAGGUACAGCGUCAGGUCUCCCGGUAUGAGGCUGAGAAGCUGGCGGCUGUUUACGGCAUGCGCUAUGUAGAGACUUCAGCGUGCGAUGCCAUCAACGUCGAGAGGGCGUUCACCGAGCUGACGCGCGACAUCUUUGAGUUGGUCAAGCAUGGAGACAUCACCAUUCAGGAAGACUGGGAGGGUGUGCGGAGCGGCUUCGUGCCCAACGUGGUGCACUCAUCCGAGGAGGUAACGAAGAAUGAGCGCCGGUGCUUCUGCUGAGCCAUCUGGAACCCUAGCAUUCAGACUCAAACCAGAGAUCUCUCAGAAUAGAAGGGCAAACUUCAAUCAUCACUUAUGACAUUACUCUUUCCCUGCUUGCUGAAUGGUCCCGAGCCUCCACCCUCCGGUUCUCCACUAGUUACUGCUCCUUACGGCUAACCAUUUACAAGACCAACAAGACGAUGAAGUCCUUCAGACCCUUCUAAAUAAAUAAAUAACCAAAACAAUCAGAACCUUAGUCCUGCACCUUAUACAUCUGCCAAUCACUUGAAAGCCAUGACAUGUUUCCCUUGAGGGUAAACAGCCUUUAGAGACUGGGUCUUCUGUAGACACGCACAGACAUUUCCAUGAUAGAAUAGCCAAAAGCAAGGACUUUUAAAUGAACUACUGAGCUCAGAACGCUGAAAUGCUGCUUGAUGAAAAAAACAAGACUGGACUACAUAUUCUUUGGUUGAUGUGUAUACAUGACAUAUCAAAGGUAAAAUAAAAGAAAUAAGGAACUGGUGUGUCACAAUAUAGCAGAUAACACAGAAACCAGGUCUGAAUAUUAAGGUGACAAAUCAAUACUCAUAUCAACAAAGUCCUGCUGAAUUUUUUUUUUUUUUUUUUUUUAGACACAUUGGACUUGUUUGAGCAAUACCCGUUGCUUAACGUAUAGCAUUUAAGAUGACUCAUUGUGCUUUUGUUAACUUACCAAAGGGAUUUAUGUAAGCUUGUAAAUAAAAAGAAAGAGGAACGUGGAAAUGAGGUGCACUAUGACAAAUAGCAUUACACAUCACGAAAAAGGAAAUAUUUUUUAAAACCGUAACCUUUACGUGCUUUACACGUUAUAUCGUAAAUUUCCACAUUAUAUGAGCAAUUGGAUUGCACUGUUAUUUUUACAAAAACCCUUUUCAACCCCAUUAUUCCAACUACACUAACAAGCUUCUUCCCUCUUCCAAGUUCAAACAGACAUUUCUCACCAUCCCAAUAACUUCAUCAUAAACUGCUCUAGCAAGCACAUCUAAUCCGACCAGACAGUAGUACACACUGCUGCUUUGAAUGAAGUCUGUUACUCUUAAAGGUUACACAAUAUAGUAUUGCAUGGUAAUAAUGAUCACAAUAUUUUCCUCUACAAUAGGACAGCUGAAAGGACAGCAACGGUUGCGUUUUGUUUAGUGAUGUAUCCAUAUCGUGCAGCUUUAGCCAUAGCGCUGGAUUCAAUCCAAUCAAUUAAAUCCUUGCAGCACUGCCGCACAUUUUGAACUGGGCUUCAGUUUCAGUUUGUUGUCCAGUGCAAGUGAAUCUGAGCUCAUGAAGACUGGAAUAUAAAUGAUCAGUGUACUAACAAACAGUUGUAAAACACUCUGUACCUCUUUAUCAGAACCUGAUGUACUACAGAUUAAAAUACUACGACAAAGAA